UCCAAACCUCCACUUCAGUGUCUUCAAAUCGAUAAGCAACAUGCUGUGGAAAUCCAGGACAAAGUCGGAUCCCUACUGCGUACAAGAGCGCUCUGAUGGGAUCUCGGGCUCCUCACCGAGACUGUCUCAGCUCUGCUCUCUGAAUCAGACGGCUUACUCUGCGGCUCCUCCGCUGUGCCACACUCCGGCCUCGGACUUCCAGCCGCCGUACUUCCCUCCUCCUUAUCCGCAGGCGUCGCUUUCCUACUCGCAGGCACAAGACUCGGGAUACCCGCACCUGGCCGACCCGUACCAGUCCAUCAGCUCCCUGCAUCAGCACCAGCAGGCCGCCUGGCACCCCCCGCGGGGCCGCAACCCGGAGGACGCGGGAGUCCUACCACAGCCACACCGUGCACUGAGCCUCGAGCCCCGGCGUGAAUAUCCCGGUGUUCCCCGGCUUCUCCAUGCGCUUGGUGAGGGAGCAGGAGCGGGAGCGCUUGGAGAUGCGCCGCUCGGCCUGCACGCGGCUCAGCACGGCAAUGAGGAUCUGCAGGGAAUGGAGGAAACAUCAUCCCUGGGAAUCUUGGAUCACUCUGUUAUCAAGAAAGUUCCAGUCCCUUCCAAGUUGAACGGCUCUGCUCUGUCUGUCUUAUCCUUUGGUAAAGACGGUUUGGGUCUCGGCGGUGUGUCCAACCCUGCUGAGGUCUUCUGCUCGGUUCCUGGACGCCUGUCUCUCCUCAGCUCUACGUCCAAGUACAAGGUGACAGUGGGAGAGGUCCAGAGGAGACUGUCUCCUCCUGAGUGUCUCAAUGCCUCGCUGUUAGGAGGAGUGCUGCGGAGAGCAAAGUCAAAGAACGGCGGCCGCUGCCUCCGUGAGCGUCUGGAGAAGAUCGGUCUCAACCUUCCUGCCGGUCGCCGCAAGGCAGCUAAUGUCACACUCCUCACAGCACUAGUGGAAGGUGAGGCAGUCCACCUGGCACGGGACUUUGGUUAUGUGUGUGAGACAGAGUUCCCAGCGAGGGCGACUGCAGAGUACUUAUGUAGGCAGAGUGAUCCAGACCACCUCCCCACACGGAGAAGCAUGCUGCUGGCCACCAAGGAGAUCUGCAAAGAGUUUGUUGACCUCAUGUCCCAGGACAGGUCACCGCUGGGUGCGAGUCGACCCACACCGUGCCUGGAGCCCGGGGUUCAAGGCAGCUUGACCCACUUCAGCCUGCUCACUCAUGGCUUUGGCACUCCAGCCAUUUGCGCUGCCCUCUGCGCCUUCCAGAGCUACCUGCUGGAGGCCCUCAAACUGCUGGACAAAGCAGAGGGAGGCGGCAAGAGCCACCAGGAGAAAGACUUGAAACACUGCAAAUGAGGCAGCGGUGCAUAUCCGGCAACAUCACAAA